UCAAGCACACGCACACCUUCAACACACCCCAGUAAAAAAACAAAAGUUAAUUAAAAGUUAGCUAACAACAGCUACAGAGCUAGAGAAGUACUGUAUCAUAUAUCCAGAUCUAGCUCUUAUAAUUAUGAGUGAGUUUAUUUGGAAGAAAAGCUCUCGCUUGGGCGCUGAUGUACCAACUGAUUCCACUAAUGCCAAGAAGGUGCUGGUCAUCUACACCGGGGGCACCAUCGGCAUGAAGUGGAGCAAGGACAAUGGCUAUCAACCUGCUCAGAACUACCUGGAGAAGAAGAUACAAAGCAAUCCGUUUCUGUGUGACCCAGAUGUAGGCCCUGUGCAGUGGGAGGAUAUGGGGGACCUGCGCCCAAUGGCUCUACCACGGACAUUUGAGGGACAUCGCAUCCUCUACAGCAUCCUAGAGUACUCCCCUCUCCUAGACUCUAGCAACCUCUCUAUGGAGGACUGGGCUAGGAUGGCACGCGAUAUUGAGCGAUACUAUUCCAAGUUCCAAGGCUUUGUCAUCCUGCAUGGCACAGACACGAUGGCCUACACUGUCUCUGCCCUCUCAUUCAUGCUGCAGAACCUCGGCAAACCGGUCGUCAUGACUGGGUCUCAGGUACCCAUCUCAGAGUUGCGCAAUGAUGCAAGGGACAAUAUCCUGGGGGCUCUCAUUCUGGCUGGUCAAUACGUUAUACCUGAGGUCACUGUCUACUUCAACAACAAGUUAUACCGUGGCAACAGGGUCACUAAGAUGAAUUCCAGUGCCUACAAUGCCUUUAAUUCUCCCAAUAUACCUCCUCUGGCCACUAUUGGCGUUGACAUCAGCGUGGAGUGGGACGCUAUACAAAGACCUGCCAAACUGGAGAAGUUUAAAGUAAACACUGAAAUGAACAACAACGUUGGGAUACUGAGGUUCUUCCCUGGCAUCACAGCUAGCUCAAUCCGGUCCUUCUUUCAGCCACCCAUGGAGGGGGUGGUCCUGCAGACGUAUGGGGCUGGGAAUAUCCCGGAUACCUCCUCCCAUUCUGAUAUAUUCCAGGUGCUCAAGAGUGCAUGUGAGAGGGGUGUGGUCAUUGUGAACUGUACCCAAUGCAGCCAGGGCACUGUCAGUGAGAGCUACGCAGGAGGAAUCAAGCUUCGGCAGGCUGGAGUGGUGCCGGGUGCUGACAUGACCACUGAGGCUGCCCUAACCAAACUAUCUUACCUGCUUGGACAAAAGCUACCACGUGAGGAAAUCAAGAAGUGCCUGAUUCGUAACAUGAGUGGUGAGCUCACUGUCCUGGACUCCACCCAGCACCAGUUCUCCCUGAGGGACUCUGUGUUCCUGGAGACGGUUGCUAAGGCCCUCUCUGUGUCUUCCAGUCAGGAAGUGAAGUUACUCCGGAGGACCCUCUUCCCUCCAUUGCUGUGUGCUGCUGCUGCUACUGGUGACAUUGAGUGUCUACUCUCUCUCAGGAACCAAGGAGGGGACUUCAACCAACCUGACUACAAUGGUCGCAGCCCCCUACACGUGGCGGCCAGUCAUGGUCACCUGGAGACUGUCAGAAUGCUACUCAGCAAUGGGGCCUCUGUGCAUGUAACAGACAUGUUCAACAAGACACCUCUCGACGAUGCUAUGUCCUUGCAACGUGAUGAUGUGGUUGGUCUAUUACUUCAAACUGGAGCUGAGAUGAGGCCAUCACGAUCCGCUCCAAACUUUCACACCCUCCACACAGACCACACCCCCUUCGGGACCCGGGCUACUAAUGAUCUAGAGGAGGUGGACAGGGGGGAGUCCCUCGUUAGUGGGCUUGUUAUGAAGCCAAAGUUCCACUGACAGAAACUCUUUAGCUUAUAAAGCUAGCUGACUAACACUGACUCACUUUAGUCACCCUGUACCACCACAUGCAUAUGCUCUUUUAUUCAAUAAUAUUUAUAUUUGUUGACAAUGCUGUAAUCGUGUAUUAAAUAAUUAUGUGAUUAAAAAAAUUGUUGCUGCAAUAA